AUGGUCACUCUAAAUAACCCACACUUGGCUCAAAUCCACUCUACACUUGUACCGGACCCCAACUCCGAACACCAAACGCUAGAGUUCAUACCUCAGUUGUACUACUCACUCUACCAAUUGAAAAAGGAGCCAAAUAAUAGUUCCAUCUCACUUGAAAACACAACUUCUAGCAUCCGACACAGACUCAAGCAAUGCAAGUCGUACAUAGAAGAAAGCGAAGAGUGCAGGACGCUUCUUGGUCAGACGUGUACUGAGUGGGAACAUGCCAUUGAGCAACGCGAGCGAGAAUUAGAGGUAAAAAAACAGGUAUUAACUACACUAAGCGAGCAAAUAAAGCAACUCAAGGGCACCUAG